AAUCUUUAAUUUUGUGGAGAAGUGAUUAAUUACAGAGAGACGGACUCAUCCGAGGUUGAGGUUGAGACUUGAGAGAGAGAGAGAGAGAGAUGGGUGCCAUGAAGGCUGCUUUGGGAGAUGUGGUGUUGACUUUUAUGUGGGUUUUCUGCGCAUCGACGCUUGGACUGAUGACGAGUCUGAUCGCAAAUGCAAUUGGGCUUCAAGGCCCCGAGCUCUGGGCUUCUUUCGGCAUCACCACUUGCCUCGUCUUCGUCCUCGUCUUCGUCUUCACCAUCAUCGGAGACGCUUUGGGUGGGGCCAGUUUCAACCCCACUGGCACUGCCUCUUUCUAUGCCGCCGGCGUUGGUGCCGACACCCUCUUCUCCAUGGCCCUCCGCUUUCCUGCCCAGACUUUGGGUGCAGUGGGUGGCGCUCUGGCCAUCAAGGAAGUCAUCCCCCCUCAGUACAAGCACAUGAUUGGAGGCCCCUCCUUAAAAGUUGACUUACAUACCGGAGCUAUUGCCGAGGGGGUCUUGACUUUCCUUAUCUCCUUCAUUGUCCUUGUCAUCAUCCUCAGGGGUCCUCGUAGCUCAUUCUUGAAGACAUUGCUUCUUGCUGUGGUUACUGUCGCAUUGGUUGUUGCUGGUUCUGUCUAUACUGGGCCUUCCAUGAAUCCUGCUAAUGCAUUUGGUUGGGCAUAUGUAGACAACCGACACAACACAUGGGAGCAGUUUUAUGUUUAUUGGAUUUGCCCCUUCAUAGGAGCAGUACUGGCUGCUUGGGUCUUUCGUGCUCUCUUUCCCCCGCCAACCAAACAGAAGAAGGCUUGAAGAAACUUAAGAUCUUUUUAGGUCAUUUUCAUUCGUAGAUAUAGCUGUAACGAGGACCAUUUUCUUUUCUUUUUUCUUUUCUGCUAUUUGCUACCUCACCUAGUGGCUAGUUGUUAUGAAACUAUCUUCAAACUUUGGAUGAAUAAUAAAAGGACCUGCCUAGUUAAGGAGCUGUAUUAUAGGAAUGGAUGAAUUAUUGUGUUCCAUGGGUGAUAUUGUUUAUAUCGAAGUUGUAGGUUUGCCAACCCUUCA